UCCUCUGUAUCGUUGUCUGUCUUCCUAUUUGUCCCUCGCAGGUUCCUGUAAUCCAUGCCACUCAAACAGCAGCUGCUGUGUUGAGUGAGCAUGAUCUAUCUGCAUCUGUUCCGUGAGAGAGACAGCUGGACUUCACAGAUUAUCUAAAUCAUUUACAUUUCGAACCCGGCUCUAGCGAAGGUGGUCACUUCUGUCUCUCUCUCUGGGGACAGAUGCCGACACUCGAGUGUCUUCCUCGGAUCUCCGGAGCGUUCCUCCAGUCCCUCUCAGUGUUAUUUCUGUCUCCUAGUUUGUUCUAAACUGUGGCAUGCUUUGUGUGUAUGUUCGUUAUUGUGUGUGUGUGUGUGUGGACAGAAAAUGUAUAAAUCCCGAGCAAAGGAUCUGCUAAAGAGUGGCUGCAAUGAGUUUCUCCGCCCUGACAUCCUCACAGCGCUUUGCCAGUCCGUUAUGGGCAGCAAGUGGAAGUACAGGGAGCAGUAUGAACGCGCCAAAGAUAAGUUCACGUCUGUUCUGGAGACUCCUGAGUACGAGACUCACAAACGCAGCAAGAAGAUCACUGAUGUCAUCUACAAGAUGGAGUACAACAAGACCAAAGCCAAGGGAUACACUUUGCCUUAUGACACUCCACACCAGCAGCACAUGAAGAAGGUCAAAGAGAUCACCAGCAACCUGAAAUACAAAGAGAUGUAUGAGAAGAGCAAAGCUCAGAUCAACAUGGACCCAGAGGCUCACGAGAUCCGUGCUGCCAAGGAGGCCUACAAGAACAUCAGCAACCUUGACUACAAGAAGAAGUAUGAGGCAACUAAGAACAAGUGGAUCUGGACAGCAGACAGACCAGAUUUUAUCAACGCUGCCAAAAACUCUCUGCAGCAGAGUGAUGUUGAGUACAAGUACGACAAAGAGAUGAUGAAGGGCUGUGUGAUACCUGUCACGGACGACAAGUACACUCUCCUGUACAAGAAAAAUGCAGAGAUGGCCAGUGACGUGAAGUACAAAGAGAAGUACGAGAAGGCAAAGGGCCACUACGUACCUGUUCUGGAUACUCCUCAGAUUCUCCACGCCAAAGCCGUGCGCACGCUAGUAUCAGAGAGCAAAUACAAGCAGGAAAGCAAGAAGAUCAUGCAGUCCGGCUCAUUCACCAAGCUGGCUGAGACUCGCGACACCGCCCACAGCAGGGAGGUCAAGAAGCUGAUCAGCGAGAAACAAUACAAACAGAAGUUUGAGAAGGAGAGAGGCAAGUCGGUGUACAACCAAAUGAUCGUGCCACCCGAUGUUCAGCAUGCCAUGGACGUGGCAAAGAGUCAGAGCAACGUCGCCUACAAAAAGGAUGCCAAGGCUAACCUGCACUACACUACUGUAGUGGACCGUCCUGACAUCAGGAAGGCCACCCAGGCUGCUAAGCUCGUUAGUGAUAUCGGUUACCGUGAAAAGGCUCGCGAAGAGGCCAGUCGUGGAGGCUCCCUGAUCCACCGGCCAGACAUCGCUUUGGCGACCCACGUGUCCCAGCUGACCAGUCAGGUGGAGGGCAAGGCCUCCCUCCAUGGAGCAGCUUCCUAUGAUACCCCACUGAUGCGGCACAUUAAGAAAAUGAGUGCGGUGACUAGUGAUGUGAAGUACAAGGAGAAGUUUGACAAGGAGAUGAAAGGAAAGAAACCUCAAUUUGACCUGAAGGAGAGCAAGAUUUACAAAACCCUGAAGGACGCCAAUGACCUGGCUAGUGAGGUGAAGUACAAAGGCGACCUGAAGAAGAUCCACAAACCUGUGACUGACAUGGCCGAAUCUCUGUCCAUGCAGCACAGUCUGAGCACCAGCAAGCUCUCAAGUGACUACCGCUACAAGAGGAAAUUUGAGGAGAGUAAGGGUCACUACCACAUGAUUCCUGACACACCAGAGCAACUUCAUCUCAAGGAGGCCUCUGAGCUGCAGAGCAACGUUAAAUACAAGGAGAAGUACGAGAAGGAGAAGGGCAAACCCAUGCUGGACUUUGAGACUCCGACUUAUGUGACCGCGAAGGAGGCCCAGCACAUGCAGAGCCAGAAAGACUAUAAGAAGGACUAUGAGGAGUUCAUGAAGGGGAAGAACCUCUCAGGCUUGGAGGUCACCCCUGCCAUGAUUCAUGUCAGACACGCCACCAAAAUAGCCAGCGAGAAAGAGUACAGGAAGGAUCUAGAGGAGGGAGUGAAGGGUAAAGGGCUAACUGUACUGGAGGAAACUCCGGAGCUUUUGAGGGCAAAGAAUGCCACUCAGAUCCUGUGUGAGAGGGAGUACAAGAAAGCACUGGAGCAGGAGAUCAAGGGCAAAGGAAUGUUGGCUUUGGCUACCGACACGCCGGACUUUAUGCGAGCCAGGAACGCCACCGAAAUCCUCAGCCAGACCAAGUACAAGCAGAUCGCCGAGAUGGACCGAGCCAGCUACACCACCGUCAUCGACACGCCGGACAUCAUCCACGCUCAGCAGAUGAGGAACAUCGUCAGCCAGAAAAAAUACAAAGAGGAAGCCGAGAAGACGAUGUCUCACUACGUGCCAGUCCUGGACACUCCAGAGAUGCAGAGAGUCCGUGAGAACCAGAGGAACUUCAGCACCCUUCAAUACCAGGUUGACCUAAAAAACACAAAGGGCAAAGUGUCUACUGUUAAGGACACUCCAGACAUGCUCCGUGUUAAAGAAAAUACAAAGAAUUUCAGCUUGAUUCAUUACAAAGAAGACGUGGGCGGAGGGACGGCUCUGCCUGAAACCCCUGAGAUGGAGCGAGUAAAACGUAACCAGCGCAACAUUAGCACGAUACAGUACAAGGAGUCUGUGGGUCAGGGCAUGACCAUACCAGACCUGCCCGAGGUGAAGCGGGUCCGAGAAACCCAGAAGAAUAUCAGUCUGCAUCGUUACAAAGAAGGAGUGGGACAGGGCACGUCCGUGCCGGAGACGCCGGAGAUGGAGCGAGUCAAACGCAAUCAGCAGAACAUUAGCACGAUAAAAUACAAGGACUCUCUGGGCCAAGGCACGGCCAUACCGGACCUGCCCGAGGUGAAGCGGGUCAGAGAAACCCAGAGGCACAUCAGCUCGGUGUUGUAUAAGGACAGUUCUGCCAAGGGAACGCCUGUGGUCUUUACUCCUGAGAUGGAGCGAGUCAAACGGAACCAGGAAAACAUUAGCUCGGUGCUGUACUCGGACAGCUUCCGCCGGCAGGUGCAGGGCAAGGCCGCCUUCGUUCUGGACACGCCCGAGAUGAGGCGCGUCAGGGAGACGCAGCGCAUCAUCUCCGGAGUAAAAUACCACGAGGACUUUGAGAAGAGCAAAGGCAGCUUCACCCCCACGACCUCCGACCCCGUGACGGAGCGCGUCAAGAAGAACAUGCAGGACUUCAGCGACAUCAAUUACCGUGGCAUCCAGCGGCGCGUGGUGGAGAUGGAGAGGAGACGCGCCAUGGAGCACGACCAGGAGACCAUCACCGAUCUGCGCGUGUGGCGCACCAAUCCCGGCUCCGUGUUCGACUACGACCCAGCAGAGGACAACAUCCAGUCCAGGAGUCUGCACAUGAUGUCAGUGCAAGCGCAGCGCCGCAGCAAGGAGCACUCCCGCUCCACCAGCGCCCUGAGCGGGAUGGCCGACGAGAAGUCCGAGGUGUCGCAGGACGUCGACCACCACCUGUCUCUCUACAGCAACGGCUUCAUGGCCAGCUCCACGGGCUACCAGCAGACCAGGACCGUGGAGGUGCAGCAGAGGUCAUCGUCCGUGGCCACCCAGCAGACCACCGUCUCCUCCGUCCCCUCACACCCGUCCACCACUGGGAAAACCGUGCGCGCCAUGUACGACUACAUGGCGGCAGACAGCGACGAGGUGUCGUUCAAAGACGGCGACGUCAUCGUCAACGUGCAGUCCAUCGACGAGGGCUGGAUGUACGGCACCGUGCAGCGCACCGGCAAGACCGGCAUGCUGCCCGCCAACUACGUGGAAGCCAUCUAAGAGACGAAGCCCGCCCAUCGUCCCUCCAGAGUGGGCGAGACCCAUCCACAGGGCAAGCUGGCCGGUCCUCCCGCCGUCCCCAACCCAAUCUGUAGCUUUUCACCGUUUUGUUGCUCUUUGACAGUAUUUGAAUUGUGCCGUGCUUCUCGUUUAGUCCGUUGCCGUGCCUCCUGUGGAUGUGACAUAAGCUUCAUGACGUGACGUUUUAACACUGGUUCAACACAACACGCCUGCUAUAGAUGACGGACUGUUUCAGAUCGUUCCAAGACCCCCGCUGCGGGGAAACACGACAACCUGACCCUCCCACUGUUUUGUACAUUUCAACGAUUUGAUGCCGUAAUUUAAUGUAUCGUUUUUGUCCCGAGCCGCCGUUUCCUUCUGAGAACCCUGACUAGACCCAGUAAUGACUAAGAUCUGAAUGAGUUUAGUGAAUAAGAGUUAGUUGUGCCACUUAUCCUCCAUGAUCAAACCUCUCCAAAAGAGUUGUAUGAGUUAAGCCUCCUUUUGAACCGAAGGCUGGCUGAUAGCAUUUUAUGUGUGUUUUGUUUCUUCCGAUUAUUUGGGUCCUGACUGAAGGCCGUCCUCUACGUUUAAUCAGUAGUUAAUAAAGCACACAACCUCCUGCA